AUGUCCUUCAUAACAAAAGCCACAAAGGCUAAACGAGCGAGUGUAGCCUGUAACACUUGCAGAGAAAGCAAGUUGAAAUGUUUAAACAACUCCGAUCUAUCUAGUUGUCAAAGAUGCAAGAGUUUGAAAAUUAAGUGCACGUAUACUUUGAAGACAUCACAGUAUAAGAGAAGGACGUUGAGACAAAAACAAAAGGUCAAUGUACCACCACCACCACCACCGUUUCAGAAGGUGAAAUUACCGGAUAAGAACCUAAUCAUCGAGGUUGUUAUGAUAUUUUUUGAAAAUCAGUAUAAGGGGAUUUUCCCCAUUUUUCAUAAACCUUCUUUUGUAUCAUUUUUAAGAUCAGACUUGUUUGAUCCAAAUACUUUUAUUGAUAUUCCACCACCAAAUCUAACUCCUUUGCAACCGGACCCUGUAACCCUUUUAGCUGUGCUUGCACUUUGCUCUCGACUACAUCCAGAAUUACCAAAGUUGUAUGGUACGUUCAGUGAGUCCCUGGCGCAUGUUUUUCAACCUACAUAUAACCAUGUUCCAGGUACAGACUCUGCAUCCAAUGCUUCAAACUACUUUGGCUGGCAUGCAAGAAGACUUCUUUCGGAUAGAUUUGAUAACCCAUCUCUCAGUAGGAUUCAAGCAUUAUGUGUGUUGAGUAGCCACGAGUGGGGGGAAGGAAAUGCAUUUAGAAGUUACAUGUACUGUGGAAUUGCAGCUAGGAUGGCCAUGGUAUUGGGUUUAGAUGAGGAGGAGGAAGAAGAAGAAGAAGAGGAGAACGGGAAGGAGGAUGGGGAGAAGAAGGAAGCAAAUAAGGAAAACGAUUUACAGCUGAUACACUUUUUGGAGAAGGAGAUACGAAGACGAGUUAUGUGGAGUGUUUACAUGAUGGAUAGGUGUAAUGCCAGUGGUAGGCGCAGCCGGUCGUGUUUAUCGUUAAAAGACAUUCACAUUCGACUUCCGUGUGAUGAAAAGAGCUUUAUAUUUGGAACCGGAGUAGAGCAAUGCUUUAGGGACGAUGUUGGAAGAUUUAUUAAAGAAAGGGAUGUUAGAAGAUUGUCCCAAGUUUCAUGCUGUGGGUUCAAGUUGUAUUUAUUUGAGUCUUGGAGAAAUAUUUCAAAGUGGGUUGGUGAAACUGGUGCGAAGCUUGAGUUGAUGGCGCCAUGGGAUGAAAAAUCGCCAUAUUAUCAAUAUUCAAAAGAACUAGAUUUAUUUGAGGAGAAUUUACCCAAGGACUUAAAGUUUGACGCUUUGGAUGCCCACAUUGCAAACGGUCUGGCAAUAGAUUUUGCUUAUUUCCAUGGCCUAUUCUUUUUGAGUAGGAUUUUUUUAUGCCGAGAGUAUUUCUAUUCCUCGCCGGAUUCAUUACCUCCUAACUGGUGGAAAGAGCAAGCGACUAAACUAUUUGAUAGCUUGGACAAGUUGGAUCUUAUUACAAAGAGUUUAAAGCCUAUAAAUCUUAUGGUCAUUGCGCCAUUUACGGGAUUUCAAGUGUUUACCACUGGCGCAACAAGCUUAUAUAUUGCAGUGUAUCCCAGUAAGAUUCUAAAGAUGUACUUUGGAGGAGAUGUUUCUAGAAAAUAUUUGAAAAUGGCAGAGAGUUCGUUAGAAACAUUAAAGAGCUGGCUGGCAUCCUGGGGAUUGGGUAAGAAAUGGAUAGAAACUUUGAAAAAACUAAAGGAGAUGUUUGCUAAGGUAUCUGAUGUUCAAGAUGAUGAGUUACGACAUAAGAUGCAUGAUUAUGGGAACAUUGAACCAAGAGUAAAAGCCGCUAAAGAAACUACAACCGGAAGCGAGACAUUAGAUUUUAUGAAUAAUUUAAAUUUGGGGAACAUAUUUCCAGAUUGGAGUGAUGCAAUGAAUGUACAGUAG